UUUGCUGCACCGCCUCCUGUUCCUCGCUUUUAAAUUUAUAUAAAGAAACAAAACCGGUAAGAAACGCCCUUGGUUAGCUUGUAUAUUCUGCCAACCUCGCAUUUAGGACUCGCUAUCUCUGUCAAGGUAGGUCUCGCUUGCUGCGAUGCCUCUUUCCACCACCCUCGCCACAACUCGAUGAUCAUGUAUUAUUAACAGCACUACUACUACAGUAGAUGGGAAUAAAGACAAAGUGGGGUGUAGGGAAAAGAAGAGAGAGAGAAAGAGAGAGAGAACAAGAUGAAAAGUACGGACGCACUCGAAAUCGUCAAUCUCGGUUAUCAAACGCCCGUAGACCUUCUCCUGCAAUUUUAUCUCAUCUUAUCAAUCAAUCAACACUCCGCUUAUCGGAGUUCCAUCAGGAGCUGCACGUCUACACACCUACAGCAAAAAAUACCUUCGCAUCAGGCACUUACCACCUGCCACGUCGACUGCGAUAUCCCCUGCACAUUACUUUGGCUCGUUUCUCCGUCAAGACAUCUUUCACCCACGCUAUACUCGUACCUGCAAAUCGCCACGUCCGGAGACGCGCAACUUUAAACGUCGGCGGCUACCCCUCAGAGAUAAGUACAGCCACGUCAAAACAUCCGUACUCCUCGGAGAUACGACAUUGCUCUCGUCGGACCGGCCCAAGUUCCGCUCCCGACCGUCGGUGAUAACUCAAUCUUGAUUUUCUGCAACGCUUUCCCAAAUUGAGGUCUAUUGCAGCACUCCAUCUCAGACCACCUUGCGCUUUCGUCCAUCAAACCCAGCUUCAACCCGGCCACAAAA